CAUGUGAUUAACUUAACCAUACUUGAGUUCAUUCGAGCAUUUGGUGCUGCGUCUGAACAGUUUACCGGUGUCUGCAAAACGGGAACCAUCCUCGUUGCUGAAAGAGGGGUGCUUCUGUUGCAGCCACCAUGGACUGCAAACUGGACCUUUCCAGACUUACAGAUGAGGAGGCUAAGCAUGUGUGGGAAGUCAUUCAGAGGGACUUCAACCUGAGGAAGAACGAGGAGGACCGACUGGGCGAGCUGAAGACUAAGAUCGAGAAGGAGGACACCAAGCUGGAGCUGCUGGGGUCGGAGACCCCUCUGGCGGUCUCUCACUGCAUUCGCUGCCUGCAGCCCUUCAAGUUCCUGGUGAACAGCAAGCGGGAAUGUCUGGACUGCAAGCUCUCCAUCUGCAAGGCCUGCAGCCGCUACAACAAGAAGGAGAUGGGAUGGGUGUGCGACCCCUGUCGGAUGACCAGGGUCCUGAAAAUCGGCAGUGCCGGGUGGUACCAUGACAACGUACGCAACCGCUUCAAGAGAUUCGGCAGUGCCAAAGUGAUGAAGUCCCUCUACAAGCGUCUGAACGGAGAGGGAACUCGUGAUGAUGAUACACAGAGCAUGCCGGAUGUUCGCCACGCAUACAAUGGCCACGAGGAAGAGCAUGCGGAGGCCGAAGCGCAGCGCUACAAGAUGAUGCGCAAGAACAAGCGGCUGCUCUCUGUCCACCCCCUGGAUUUCGACGUGGAGGAGUAUGUACCCUACUCCCACUCCCGUCGACAGUCCUUCCAGCUCAUCCAGGAAGAGCGAGGCGAGUACAGGAACGAUGUGGAGUACCACAACGACAUGCACCACCACCGCAUGAACCGCAGGAAGAGCCUGGACAAGUACAUGCGGCAUGAUGAAGGUCCAUUUGCAGACCCCAGGAUGGUGCGUGCUCGCUCCCUGUCCAAGAUCGGCUCGUCCAUGGCUCGCCAGCAGUACGUGGACACGUCAGAGGAGGAGGAGCUCCAACGCUACCCCGUGUACCAGCCCCCGCCCCGCCGCCGACCCAGCAGAGCCUCCUCCCAGGAGAACCUGGGGGGACCACCGCCGAUAAAUGAGUUGAACAAGCGCAUGUCCGCCAUCGAGAGCCUCCUUAACCGACUAGAGGAGAAGAUGACCGUACCCCCUGAUGAGACGACACCUCAGACCACCGCUCAGCUGGAGGAGGAGAAACUGAGGCGGAAGCUGAGCGAAUUGGCGGGCAACGUCAGCGACAAGGGGCUCUCCUCCGACGAGGACACGAGGAAGAAGUUCUCCCUGGCCAAGGGGACCCCUGCGAGGGGUGGCCCCUCGGCCCCCCGUCCACAGGACCCCGUCCUGAGCUCCUCCAGUGACGAGAUGCCCACCGAGGCUCAGAAGAGAUCCACCGCGGCGGCCCUCUGUGACAUCACCACAGAGGUUCUAAGAACCAUUAAUGCCACUGAAAGUGCAAUGACCGAAUACGGUCCAUCAAAGCCUAUUGACAGAUCCCUUUUAAUUGGGACUGAUGUAAAGCAAGCAGAUGAGGCUUACAGGGAACUUGAGGAAAAUGUGUACAUGACCGCCGGGAAGUCGUUUGACCUGGAGAAGAAGCUGAGGCUACUGGAACACAGCGCUACCAACCGCUUCGGGGGGGCCACGGACUCAGAGCUGUCUGAGCUGGAGGACGUGCUGGCCAUCACGGCUGCCAGAGUUCAGAGCACAGAGAGCGAGGUGUCUGACAUUGAGAAUAAGAUUGCUGCCCUCAGUGCCACAGGAGGGGAUAAGGCUAAGAAAAAGGUCACAGGCAGUCAGCAGAGGAAAAGAUACACCCAGGACUUUCCCACAAAAACCAGCAAUGGCUCAGGGUUUCUCCGGAAAUAAACAAACGUGUAAAGGACUGUCGGCAUCUGUCCCUUGACACUAUGUGAUUCAACAAAGCAAAUAAGCUCCCAUCCCUUAACUUUGAUUCUUCACAUAUUUGCCAACUUUGAUAGGUGUACAUACAAGUAAUUACUCCCCUGGGUUGCUGCCCUGAAUAACACAUCUCUUCCCAAGCUUGUGUGUACAGCUUAUUGUGCUCAAGGCCCUAGGAUCAAAGUGCUCGAAAAAAAUAUUUAGUGUAUUAAAGAUUGGUGUAUUUAUCGGCUAGUUGCUUGGCAAAUGUUACUUGUAUCUCUGGAAUUAUACUGUUAAUCCCAAAUCACCUGUAAAGAUAAUGCACUGUUGGUUGUGCCACCAAUGAUUGUGUAUAUCACAAUCCAAAUGGCUCUUGUUGAAGGAUAAUGUUUAUCUCCAUCUAUAUAUAUUGAUCUACAUAGAUAUAAAUUAUGUUUAUGCUCAUUUGAAAGUUUAUACUAUAGCAAAUUUUAUUGCAAAAAGCUACAAGGAGUUUAUGUACUGCUAGGCUAUUAUACGUGCUUGUAUCCCAUAAAUUA